AUGGAAAAUUAUUCACCUAGACCUCUGGAUACCAAAAACCCUUCUCCAAAUAGUCAUAGCAUUAGCACCAAUUCUAACACCAGCACCACCACUAACCAUCAUCACCACCACCAACCAUCUCCUCCUGCAACCCCCAUCGCCAGAUCCGACCCCAACAACCCCUACCCAACUACUUUCGUUCAAGCUGACACCACUUCCUUUAAGAAAGUAGUCCAAAUGCUCACUGGAUCCUCCGAAACCGCCAAGCACGCCGCCAACACCCGAUCUGAUGCGCCCGCGCCCAUCAGAAACCCCAUCCCGCCGAUGAAAACGGGUCCUAACAAGAAACCAUCCAAGCUAUAUGAGCGGAGAAACAGCAUGAAGAACUUCAAGAUCAGCCCGUUGGUGCCCGGCUUUGUAAACCAGUCUGGCUUCUUUGGUUCUCCCCGGAGACCAGGCACACCGGAGAUUCUCUCCCCGGGAAUUCUUAAUUUCCCAUCUCUGGUACUUAGCCCAGUUACACCUCUUAUACCCGACCUGUUCAAUAGGUCUCCGGUAACCGGAGAUAGCCCGAAUUUGAACGUUGAAGCUGAAGACAAGGCGAUUGCAAAGAAAGGAUUUUAUUUGCAUCCAUCUCCGGCGAGUACACCGAGGAGGGAAUCGGAACCCCGACUUUUGCCUUUGUUUCCGGUGACUUCACCAAGGGUUUCAGGUUCUUCUUGA